AGAAAGCCUGAAGACCGCAGCACAAGCCAGGGGCACUGCAGAAAGCAGGCGGCAGGGUCCGGGUGGUCCCCGGGCCACGCUUGCAGAGAAAGCGAGCAGAAGUCCCCGAGGGCGGUGGCCAGUGCGCUCUGGACACCCGAAUUCUCUCUAGGGGGAGAACGUGUGUGGCCGAGCAAGCGGUGGCUGCGGCCGGCGAGCGCGCGCCCGGUGGUGCUGCGUGUGUGUGUGUGUGUGUGUGUGUGUGUGUGUGUGUGUGUGUGUGUGUGACAAGCGUCAGGUGACUCGGGUCACGCAGUCACUCCCUCGCGCUCCCGGGGAGAACUGCCGCGCUCCGGCUGGCUUCUCGGGCAGCAGCGGCAGGGAGGGGGCUGGGCUCCACUGCCACCCCCUUGCUCACCAGGCGCGGCCCCAGGGCGCUGCGGGCCACUCGGCCCACGCGGGACCUUGGAGGCAAGCGUGGGCGUGAUGAGCCAAGUGCUGGGCAAGCCGCAGCCGCAGGGUGAGGACGGCGGCGAGGACGAGGAGGAGGAUGAGCUGGUGGGGCUGGCGGGCUACGAGGAUGGGCCCGAGUCCUCGGACGCCGAGCUGGACAGCGGGCCGGAGGAGGGAGUUCUGGACUUCAGCGACCCCUUCAGCACUGAGGUGAAGCCCAGAAUCCUGCUCAUGGGUCUCAGGAGGAGCGGCAAGUCGUCUAUCCAGAAAGUCGUCUUUCACAAAAUGUCCCCGAGCGAGACGCUGUUCUUGGAGAGCACCAACAGGAUCUGCCGGGAAGACGUCUCCAACAGCUCCUUCGUCAACUUCCAGAUUUGGGACUUCCCAGGGCAGAUUGACUUUUUUGACCCUACCUUUGACUAUGAGAUGAUCUUCCGGGGAACCGGGGCACUGAUCUUCGUCAUCGACUCCCAGGAUGACUAUAUGGAAGCGCUGGCCCGGCUCCAUCUCACAGUGACCAGGGCCUACAAGGUGAACACUGAUAUCAACUUUGAGGUGUUUAUUCAUAAAGUAGAUGGUCUGUCAGAUGACCACAAAAUUGAAACCCAGAGAGACAUUCACCAGAGGGCAAACGAUGACCUCGCUGAUGCUGGAUUAGAAAAAAUUCACCUGAGCUUUUACCUGACAAGCAUAUAUGAUCAUUCAAUAUUUGAAGCCUUUAGCAAAGUGGUUCAGAAACUGAUCCCACAGCUCCCGACGCUGGAGAAUCUGCUGAACAUCUUUAUCUCAAAUUCUGGAAUUGAGAAAGCGUUUCUGUUUGACGUGGUCAGUAAGAUUUAUAUUGCAACCGACAGCACGCCGGUGGACAUGCAGACGUACGAGCUCUGCUGUGACAUGAUUGACGUGGUGAUCGACAUCUCUUGUAUUUAUGGUCUCAAAGAAGAUGGAGCAGGAGCCCCGUAUGACAAGGACUCAACAGCCAUUAUAAAGCUGAAUAAUACAACAGUUCUUUAUUUAAAAGAGGUCACAAAGUUCUUGGCGCUCGUUUGCUUCGUCAGAGAGGAAAGCUUUGAAAGAAAAGGGCUGAUUGACUAUAAUUUCCACUGCUUCCGGAAGGCCAUCCAUGAAGUCUUCGAGGUGAGGAUGAAGAUGGUGAAAUCUCGAAAGGCCCAGAGUCGGCUACCCAAGAAGACAGGAGCUACUCCCAAUGGGACCCCUAGAGUGCUGCUGUAGGGGAACUGUCAGGAGCCUGAGUCCAGACCUCAGUGAGGAGGCUGUUAAACUAUACUGCACUACAGGAGGGCUGGGGCCCUGACUCGUAUGUGUUAAGGGAAAAAAAAAAACCUUACUCUUUAAAAUAAAAUGAGCACUUUGAAGCAAAAACCUGUACAAUAACAGUGAGAGCCACUGUACUGUCACUACGUAAGUGUAAACUUUUAUGUUGAUAGAAAACCCCCUGUGAGGACUGCCAGGAACUGUACAUAUUUUGCAUAUUUUCAUGUUUUUUUUCCUCAUUGAGGUGAACUUUGAUAAGAUGACUUUUCUAAACUCUUUUCUGUACUUGAUGACAAGGACACGCAUACUCUACAGUCCAUAUGGCAAUCGGAAAUUGAUCCAUUAUAUUGCUAGAGACUUUUUUUGUAAAUUUGGGACUCUUUGCUGCCAGUUGUCAAAGGGGAAAUCGUUUUUCAGUGGAGCAGCAACAGGUCAGGGCUGGAAGCUCCAGGCCAGAGCAAUAAGAACGUCUCUAUUUAUAGGAAGUGUAAUAGGAAUGUUGUAGCUGGACAGUGGUGGUGCAUGCCUUUAAUCCCAGCAGAUGGAUCUCUGUGAGUUUGAGGUCAGCCUGAUCGACAGAGUGAGUUCCAGGACAGCGAGGGCUACACAGAGAAACCCUGUCUCAAAACCAACCAAACAAAUGCCCCCCCCAAAACAAAACAGGAAUUUUGUAGGAAAUACUAUUACCAAGCUUACCCACACAUUUGUGCCCUAUGGCAUUGCCUUCCGACUCGCCCAGUCUUUAUGAAACUCUUUACCUCAACACACCUUUGCAGUCACCUUGUGCAGACGGGUGAUUUCUUUUUGGUGCAGUAUCUUGUGAACCUUUGGGACCAGAUUUCUAAAAUGAUGCCAACCAGUGUAGAGAAAUAUGGAUGUCGUCUGAGGAGAUUGGAACAGAUAGCAUUGAUUUGUGUGGGGGGGAAACCGUAGAAGCAAUACUGUACCUGCCGAGGGGUCUAAAACACACAAGCCAAGAGGGUUCCCAGAUGUAGGCAGAGGUCACUCAGAUAAGAGAUGCACGUGUGCUUGUGUGUGUUCACCUCCUGGGAAUGGUGUGUUGAUGCGCUAUGUUCAGAGACCUUGUUCAGGACCAGGUUUUAAUGCUCCAUGACCACAGGAGUUUAGUCCUUGGUGGCUCCAUUUGUUACCUGACUCGUUCUUUCAUCUGUAACAACAUACCUCAUGUCCUUUGCCUGUUCCUACCAAGAUCAGCUUGCCACCAGCUUGCUCUGCAAGACAGAAGACACAGAAAGCCUGUGGCCGGUGGGAAAAAAAGGAGGCCUAGAGACGUAUGUUAGUCAGUUAACUAUGUGUGUGCUUUUAUAGAUAGGUAGGGAACUAAGAGUCCUAAAUCUAGCCCUAUUUCAAACCAUUCUAAGGGUUAGUACUGUCAGGCGUGCAUGGCAUUAGCAAAGGUUCUUUUUAAAGCAGAGUCCCUUAGGGAUGUCAAAGCUGGUUCUAGCUUUGUGUCUAAAGCAGCUUGCUCCUGAAGCUCACUUCUUUUACGCAUCUUCUUCCCAUCUUCUUGCUUCCUUUUCCCCAAAUUCUUUAUUAUUUGAGACAGCGUAUCUCUAUGUAGCCCUGGCUGUCCUGGAACUCACUAUGUAGACCGGACUGUCCUUGAACUCAGAGAUUCACCUGCCUCUGCUUCCCCAAGUGAUCAAAGGUGAACACCACCAUGUCUGGCCAGGUCUUACACUUUUGGAGCUGGUAACUAAAACUGGAGACGAUGAUUGAAAUGUAAGAUUGAGCCUCCCAGUAGUCUGCACAUUAUUAAGGAGAUUUCUAGUCAUCAUGGAACCAUGGCUCCUUCCUUAUGAUUUCUAUGAAGAGACUUGAAUGAGAUGGUAGGAGCCUGGAGUUCUAAUCUUCAGGACUAUUCCCCGACGGCCUCUGCCAACAGAGUGGAUGGUGGUUGGCCACUUUUAAGAGUCUAACACCACUGUGCACCCACACAAAGACACUAGAGAGUGAGAAAAAGCAUAGUUUUCUCUUUUUGAGUGGGGCUCAGAGGUAACUCAGGCUGGCCUCAGACUUGCCAGGUAGCUAAGGAUGCUCUCCAGUUUCUGACCGCUCAGCCUCGACUUUCCCUAAGUGCUAGGAUUAUAGGAAUGCAACACCGUGCUUGGCUUGAACAGUGCUGAGAACUGGACCCAGAGCUUUGUGCAUGUGAAGGCAAGCACUCUACCAAUCUAGUAUCCCCAGCAUCCUUUCUUAAUAGUUUUUUUUUUUUUUUAAACAAAGAAUUUCUCUUUGAAUAGACAAAGAAUUAAGUUUUUAAUAAGACUGUAGUUUCAAAAUAAGACACUUGCCUGUCUGGUAAAUCACAUAAAAUUAGCAUGUCUAAGUGGCGCUUCCAUUUUUAAGCUGGUUAUAUCAUGAGUUUUUGUUGUUGAAAUGUGCCUUAAAAGCCUAUCACUUCAAGAGCAUGUGAUUCUUUGAGGGAUAGGCAGGAACACUCCUGUGACAUAGGGCCCAUGUUCCUGAUCAUAAAUGCACUCUUUAGUUACAACACUGAUUCCUGCCUCGAGCCUGGUGUGACACUGACCUCUUGAAGAUGUCUGAAUGUGACUAGAAUUGCGAAAUGUCCUCACAUUUGUUUUGUAUUUUAUCUUAGAUUUGGGGGGUUAGCUUACUGCACUGUAGAUCUGUGUCUAUGCUCAAAUGGGACUAUAAACUGAAAGGUCAAACUCCUAACUACGGUGGCUUCAGUAGAACAUGUGUUUGGUUUUAGGAAUUGAGAACUUGAAGAUGUGUAGAGCAGGCAGACUUUUGCUCUCUGAGUCAAGUACAGCUUCUAUGUAAGAGUUGUGCCGAAUUACUUGUCAUAAUGGAGGUUAGUGUGAGUGACCUGUACAGAGUGCUUUUGAAGGAGUAGAAAUAAAAGCUGAUUAAUAGAUACCACGUGUUAUUUUGUGAACAUAAUAUAUUUUGGAUCAUUAAAUAGAAAAUGGCUAAAUAUCACAGCAGUACUAUUAAGUAUGGGUUAUUUGUCAACUGAGUCUGAAACAGAAUUUAUCAAAUCAAUGGAACUGUCAUGAUUGACGUAUGGUAUGCACUCAACAAACACAGGCUGGGUGUAGUUUGUAAUCAAGCACACUGUUUUGCUGUUGCUAGGACUUCAUUUGUAACACAGUCUUCAGGGAUGUUAACUGCCAACUUGAAAGCAUGUUUGUGUGCCGAUGGCUUGACGUACCCCGUACCCAUAGCUUAGUUUUCUGGGAGCAGAAUGGUCUCUUGUUGAAAUUCAAGAUGAUGUUUACUAUAUACAUAUAUAUACAUCACUGUUUUAUUGGUUAUGUUAGGUUCAUUUAAUAAAAAGAAGUUUUAAAAAUAA